GUUCCCAUUCGCGUUCGCGUUUACGAAUCGUUCGUCGGCGUGACGACGCGGUUCGCGUCGCUCGAGGUAAACGCGCGACAGAGUCAGCGUUCAGUCGGUGUUCCGAGCGAAGAGCAACGCGGAGGUUGCUGCCGUGGGUGCUCGUGGGAGAAGAGGACACGUACGUGCCCCUACGUCGUUGAUUACGAGCAAGAACAGGAAUAGGAACACCGAGAGGAGCGGUAGUCGCUGGUCGCGAUCGACGUGACACUGACGCAAUUCGUCGCCGGCCAUUGUCGGCGUAGGGUCUGCGUGCAUUCGAGGUGGUUUGCUGCCAAUCGCCGCGGUUCGAAAACAUUUGGCAGGGAGCGGCGCGACGCGCCGUAGAUCUCCGAUCUACGAAGGAGCGUCCCGUCUAGUUCCGCGGCGUCGCGAUUUCGCCGCCUCUCGAAAGCUCCGCGAUCCUUGCCCGUCGCGUCGUCUCGGUCUUCACGGCCUAUCGGGCCUGACGUUCGGAACCCCGAAACGUACCGGCUGACAUUUCGUCCUCGAAACCGUGUGGCCAACGCCGGACACAGCAACCGACCGCCGCAGCUAAUCGUAGAUCGAUCGCAGACCCGUAACCCGCAUCGAGGAUGGCGAUCGGCCGUCGCAUACUAGAUCGCCUGACGUGCAGACAGGUGCUCAACGUUAUGGUGAUCCUGGGCUUCAUGCUGAAUUACAUGCUGCGCGUGAACCUGACGAUCGCCAUCGUGUCGAUGGUGAUCCCGGAUCACAGCAACGCGAGCCACGGCGCCGGCAUCAACGCCACCGGUAAAUGCUUCGAGUUAGGAAACGAGACCGAGUCGUUGGAUCGUGGCGCGACGUCGACGGUCGCUGAGUCCGAGCAGACUCGGUAUCCCUGGAACGAGUACGAAAUUAAUAUCGUUCUGGGCAGCUUCUUCUGGGGUUACAUCUGCACAGAGCUGCCCGGCGGCAGGCUCGCGGAAACUCUGGGCGCGAGGAGGGUCUUCGGGUACAGUAUGCUCUUCUCCAGCGCUAUAACCCUCUUGACCCCGGUGUGCGCGACUUACGGUUACGCCGUGAUCGCCGCUUUGAGGACGCUUCUCGGAUUCCUCCUGGGUGCUACCUGGCCUGCGAUCCAGCCGAUGACUGCCAGAUGGAUUCCACCAACGGAACGCAGUAAAUUCGUCUCGAACAUGAUGGCGUCGUCGCUCGGCGCAGCGAUAACAAUGCCGAUCUGCGGUUUCCUGAUCGCUUCCCUCGGAUGGGAAUCGGUUUUCUACGUGACCGGCGUGAUCGGCCUCGUCUGGAGUAUGGCCUGGUUUCUCCUCGUGUUCGAUUCUCCGGCUCAACACCCGAGGAUCUCCGACGACGAGCGCCGUUACAUCGAGGACGCGAUCGGAUCGUCCGCCGUUGCGAAGGGUCUCCCCGUUCCAUGGAAGUCCAUCUUCCUCUCGGCUCCCGUCUGGGCCAUCGUGAUCACCCACGGGUGCAGCGUGUUCGGCUACUUCACCGUCGUUAACCAGUUACCGACCUACAUGAAGUACAUCAUGAACUUCAACAUCAAGCAGAAUGGACUGGUCUCCUCGUUACCCUACCUGGGUAAGUACAUCUUCGCAGUGACUACGUCGUCGGUGGCCGAUCAUCUGCUGAAGAAGAAGAAGCUGUCGGUAACGGCCAUUCGGAAGAUCUUUACCAGCUUCGCUCUGAUCAGCCCCGGGCUGUUGAUGAUCGUGCUGGCGAACCGCGGCUGCGAUCGGGUCGCGUCCGUCGCGAUCUUCACGAUCGCUCUGACGAUCAACGGCGCCGUGACAGCCGGUUACUUGGGCAACGGGUUGGACAUCGCGCCGAACUUCUCCGGGACGAUCUUCGGCAUAGCGAACACCUUGAGUUCUCUGGGCGGUUACCUGAGCAGCUACAUGGUCGGCACGAUCACGUACAAGAACCAGACCUACACCCAAUGGAGCAUCAUAUUUUGGAUCCUGGCGUCGACCUACUGCUGCGGUGCUCUGGUGUUCGCGAUCUUCGGCACCGGGGAGUUACAGAAAUGGAACAGCCCCAAAGAGAACGCGACAGGUGGACGCAACAACGUCGAAAAUGGCCUCGAAGACCUCCAGGAAUCUCUGCCGCUCAAGAGCAAACCGAUUUCCUAACGGAAGUUCGUCGUCGACGACAUUCGUGAACCCCGGUUAAACGACUCUACCGAAGUAUUUAGAAUUAAAAAAGACGAACGUAAACGCUAUCGAGGCUGCCUUCUUUUCGCCCGCGCCGAAUCGAUGGCUGCAAACUCGUUUAUUCCGAAGAUGCGGGGGACGUAUUGUUCCUGGGGCCAACUCCGAUCGCGAGCGGAGAGCGUCUAUUUAUCUGUACCUGUUUCUUCGACUUUUCAUACGAAAACCUUUCUACGAUAUGUAAGAGUAAUUGUAACUUUAAGCAUUCGAAUAAAGUAGCAAUCGAAUAAACACUCUGCUUAAAAUGCGUAAAAAAUGAAUAGGUGAUUCCAAUAAAUUGACUUCCAAUAAACUAAGAA